ACCCACUCCUCUGCAUUCGCGCCUGCUCUUUGCACGCCUCCUUCUGCUUUUUUUUCUCCCUCCCCCUCGCUCCUUCUGCCACCAUGCCUCCUCGCAAGCAGCCCCCGGCCAAGCGCUCGGCUGCCCCGGCCAAGGGUGCCGCCGCUGCGACCGCCGCCACCCCGGCCCUGCCUGCCUCCAAGCUCCCGGCGCCGGAGCUGCCCGAGGGCCUCGGUGUGCCGCCUGGCCCGAAUGAGUUCCACAACAACCUGUCGCGCUUCGACCAGUCUUUCCGGGACGGGAUUGCCAUCAUGGAGAAGAUCUUCAAGGACCAUCCCCCCUCGCUAUAUAAGAACCCGGAGCCUCUGGAGUAUCCGCUCAAGUGAGGGAUUGUGACUGGCAACGCCAGCGUGGGCCACUCUUCUCCCGGAGAGCCAUGCAGGACCAUCCGGCGUCAAUACACGCAAUCCCUACUUCACAUGGAUUUUUACAUAUGUGUGUGU